AUGAGCUCCUUAUCCACGCGUCCCAGCGCAGUCGCCCAAGGCAGCGGCCCUCCGGCUGCUCGCCCCGAGCCUCCACCGCUGCCCGAAAAGCUUCAGAGCCUCCUCGAUCGCGUGCGUGCGAAUCAGUCCGACGUCAACCUCUUCUCCGACCUCCUUCACGCCGCAUGCGACCAUCUCGACUCGGGCAAGGCAAAGCAGUCCCACAUCUACUGCUCGCAAGCAAGGCCAUGCGACUUCGAACUCGAGUCCUGCAUGCUCCGCAUCUUUAGCUUCCGUGCCAAGGACCAGAUCGACCGCUGGCGCACUCGCGUCACCUCCGCCAUCUACUCCAACUGCCUCGACUGCUACAAGGGCUUCCUCAGCGCAAAGCAUCGCCUCCGCACCGUCUACCUCUCCACCUUUCCCCCCGACAAGCUCGACGCCUUCUUCGCCUACAUCGACGGCGUCGAGGAGCAACUCGCACUCGCCGUGCUCGAAAAGGCUGGCCAGUCGCCCGGCGACGUCCUCCGCAAGCUCUCCCGCGCAGAGAUCUACGCCGUCCUCACCUUGGUCGCAUCGCCCACCGCUCCCAAGCUCCACGCCGCUCUCAAGCAGCUCAUCAAGCUCGAUCAGCUUCCCAACAUCCAGGACAUCCCCGCUGGCCUCUUCACCCUCGGCAUCGACGACGACCCAACCGUGCGCGCCUUUGCCGCACGCCAGCUCCUCCGCCUCAAACCUCUCCCACACGACAUGGCCAUCCUCUCCGCCUUCCAGAGCGCCUUCGAACGUGUCCGCAAACGCUACGCAGACGAGGCCGCCGUCGCAGACUGGUCCCUCCUCUCCGUCCUCAUCAACAACUCUGCCAACCUCGCCGCAUCACUCACCCCCACCAUCCUCAGCCAUGUACACGACCGUCACGACCGCUUCACCGACGUCCUCAAGGCCUACUCGGUCCUCCUCAAGCUGCGCGGUCCCGCAGUCUGGUUCAACAUGAUGGCAGAUGCGGCAGCCAAGGGCACACCCGACGACGAGUAUCCCACCGUCAUCCUCUCCGGCAUCCUCGACAACCCCUACUUUACCAAAACGCUCUUCGACUCGUCGCGCUCCGUCAACAACCCGCGCGAAAAGGCGCUCUUCUUCGGCUGGAUGCGCAGCCACCUCGACAGCCUCCGCUUAGUCGGCGGCCAGCUCGCGAGCGAAGCCAUCAAGCGCAUCGCCAACUUCCUCUUUGAGCGCAUGCAGCAGGGCCACGUCCCCACCGACAGCCGCGCCGUCGCCUUCACAGAAGCCAUCAACCUCGUCCUCCACCACGCAGACCAGCACAACAGCAGGCAAGUCGUCGACCUCUACGCCGCCCCCAUCACACACAUCGCCCUCGCCAAGGACAGCAAGGCAGACGACGCAACUCGACUCGCCGCGCGGGAUCUCAUCGCACAGGCGUUCGAGCGCGAUGCCGCCAACCUCGUCUCGGCCUUGGAGAAGCUCUCGGCGCUCUCGGCGCGCAACAACAGCUUGAGAAGGGAAAAGUUCAGGGGACUGCAAAACGCAAAGAGCCCGUCGGAACUCGCCAAGUUGAAGGCGGCUUCCACAGCCUUCUACGACGACCUGGCAAAGCUACAAUACCCGGCCCUCGAAGUCUGCAGCGUCUUGUGGAGGGAGGUCUACAAUGUCACUGGCACCGAGUCGUCCAAGGAAGGCGCCAGCAUCCUCCUCGCCGCCUUGGCUCGCAUCGCAAUCUGCACGCCACCCACCUUGCAGACGCACAUCUUCAAGCCACUCGCUACCGAUGUCCCCCCAGCACACUAUGCCCACGAGUCUCGCGUCCGCCAAUCCAUCGCCAGCAUCCUCAGUGCCUUUCGAUCCAUGCGUCGCACCGACUUUGCCGCGCUGCUCGCCGACUUUGGAGAGUUUGUGCGCGAGGACGAGCUGCAGCAGCUCUGCACCUCGGACGCCUACAGCCUGCUCCUUCUCAAUCUCUGCCCCGAUCCGGACGUGUACAAGCCCGCGCAGAACCUCCUCCGACAAGCGUUCAGCUCCGUCGAGAGCCGUGCCGACUGCUUCCGCAUCCUCUUCCAGAUCAACCACACUGCCUCGCUGCGUGCCUGCGCCGACUACCUCCCGCUCUUCAUCAGUGCCACCGUCAAGAUGGUCGAGGCCAACGACCUGGCCAAGUGGAUGGUGCGCAGCUUUGCCGACAUCGUCGAGGUGCUCGCCGGCAGCACAGACGGCCUCCUCCGCCCAGGCACUUCCUGGACGCUCGUCGAGGAUCGCUCCACGCUCCAGGCCGUCGCGCUCAAGGCGCCCACCAUCUGGCGCCUGAUGUGCGAGAGCGUCGCAUCCAUCUUCAAGCGCACGCCCGCAUGGUCCAACCUCCUCCCGCGCGAGGAGAUGGUCGCAUGGUUCCGUGACGUCACCAUCUUUGCCUCGGAGAUGGUCGAAGCACUGGCCGUCUUUCGCAACGUCGUUCGUCGCGCUGCCGAAGCGCCAGGGCGAUGGACGGGCAAGUCGGGUGCCGACGAUGGCGGCGAGAUCGACCUCGCCGAAGACGAGAUGAUGGUCCGCGCGCUCGCCCUGCCCCUCGAGUCGGCCACGAGCUGGCUGCGCAUGAACGACGAAGACAUCCUGCGCGAGACGCACUCGUUCAUCCUCAAGGCGCUCGACCAGUUCGGAGGCGAGUACGACCUGCCCACCAAGUCCAAGACAAAGAUGCUCGGAUUCAUCAACGAGCAGAUGGCCAUCAAGGACGCCUCGGCACGACACACGCUGCUCUCCCUCGACGAGCUUGCAGACCUCAAGGUGCGUCUCGACCCCGACACGGGCGUCAUCGAGAUCAGCGACGAAGACGAGGACACCAAGACGACGCAAUCGACCGCCGGCGCCUCGAGCUCCGGCACCCAAGCUUCGGGCUCCUCGUCGGCCUCUAAAGAUGCCUCGCGAUCUUCCACCUCCGUGUCCGCACGCACAAAGGCGGAGGCCGACAACUCUCACUGGUGGGCCGGCGUGGGCAACUUUGGGCUCAACACAAAGAGCCAGGAGCGACGCAAGAACAGGCUCAAGCAGUCCAAGCUCAGCUUUGCCAAGGUCGACCCCAAAGAUGUCAUCGACAUCGACAGCGACGAACGCUCCACCCCCGCCUCGGCCAAGAAGCCAAUCACACUCGACUUUACCCGCCCCAAGGCCGCGCCCGCGCCCGCACCUUCCGCUCCCAUCAAUGCGUACCGCGGAGCUGCCGCGCGCGGUGUCGGCCCGUCGCUCGCCGGUACAUCUGCGAGCUCCCGGAACAACAUCCCCACGGCGAGCACCGGCAAGAUGGCACAAUUACGCCAAGAGCUAGGAGGCGCAAGCCGCAACUGGAAGCCCCAGAACGUCAAUGUGCGCUCCAACGACACGCGCUGGGGUCGCAACCACGAGGACGACGUGACGGUCAAGGCGCCCGCUGCUGUCAGCUCGGUGACCGGCGCCCUGAUCAACAAGAUGCCCGGACCGACCACCGACGCGGCCCGAGCGGCCGCUGCGCGCAAAAAGGCAGGCAGCACCGACAGCGACGCCACCACCUCGUCGUCCUCUUCAUCCGAGUCGAGCGACGACGAGACCGAGGCGAAAGGCCUUGCUGCGCUGCGCGCCAAGCCGGAUCGUCCCCGAAUCUCGAAACCGGCUCAACCGCAGCGGCGUCAGAUGAUCGUCAAGGAGGACUAUCACCUCGAGCGCGCUCGACGCGAGCGCGCGGAUGCCGAGCGCAAACGCAUCCUGCGCAGCCCGCCCGACUACUCUGCGCUCCACAGAAGCAUCCUCUCCUGGGCGUACGACCACCAAGGCGACCGUCCGCCCCAAUUAGCUGGCCACGAGACCAACUACCGACGCGUCCAGGCUCAGUUCUCGAACGCCGGCGACUACGGAUCCGUGUUUGGACCGCUUCUGCUGCUCGAGUGCUGGGCACAGUUUCGACAGGCCAAGGAGGAGGCCGAGGGCUCCAACGAGCCAACCGUGCCGCUCGAAGUCGCGGGUCGAUCGACCGUGGACUCGUUUAUCGACAUCAACGUCACCAUCGCUCCAGAUCUGCUCCCGCCCACCGUCAACUUUAGCGACACCGAGAUCGUGCGACUCAAGGAGAGGACGCCGGCGAUCUCGGGCAAGCAGCCGAGGAUCGUGCUGGCCAAGGUCGAAGCGUUCAAGCGCCAUCCGCAGGGACACCAGCUGACGCUGCGAUGCUGCCUGUCCCAGGACCGCCAGGGCGUCAGCACGGCGCUGGUGAAUCGAUCCAAGUGGGAGCUCAAGAAGUUGUUCUCGCUCACCACGCUGCACCGCGAAUUUGCGGCGCUGAUGGCAGCGCCCUACUUUGAUCUCUUCUCGGACGUCAUCAAGGCGCGCGUGGCGCCCAAGCCGACGCUGUCGGGCGAAGAGGUGAGGAAGGCCAUGCAUGGCUAUCAGGUCAACGAGCCCCAGGCGAGGGCCAUCCUGGGCUCUCUCGCUACCGAGGGUUUUUCGCUCAUCCAAGGACCGCCGGGUACGGGUAAGACCAAGACCAUCUGUGCCUUGAUCGGCGCGUUUGUGUCGAAUCGCAAGGGUCCGUCUACUUCGGUGCAGGCAGGUCAAGCGCAGGGCAAGGUUGGCGCGACCAAGAAGAUCCUGCUGUGUGCGCCGAGCAAUGCGGCCAUCGACGAGGUUGCCAAGCGUGCCAGGGCGGGCAUGCGGCUGGCGGACGGCAAGACCUUCCACCCCAAGGUGGUGCGUGUGGGUCGAGACGACAGCAUGAACGUCAGUGUCAAGGACAUUUCGCUCGAUUACCUGAUCGACCAGCGAUUAGAGAGCGGCGGCGCGUUCGAUGCGAACCGGAACAAGGCGGGCGCGGAUCCAAGCGCGCUGCACGCCGAGAUCCACAGCCUCAAGAUGCAGCGCGAGCAGAAGCAGGCCGAGCUCUCCGAGGCGCGUGGCAGCGGAGCGCAGACGCUCGUGACGCAGCUCGAAGCCGAGAUCCGCAACCUGUCUGCCAAGCGGCUGGGCGUCAUGUCGAAGCUCGACGAGGCCAAGGACAAGCAGCAGAGCGCGCAUCGUCAGCGAGAGGCGGACCGGCGGCGCGCGAGGAUGGAGAUCCUGGGCGAUGCCGACGUGAUCUGUACGACGCUGUCCGGCGCCGGGCACGAGAUGCUGGCGGGCGUGGCGUUCGACUUUGAGACGGUGGUGAUCGACGAGGCGGCGCAGGCGGUGGAGCUGAGCUCGAUGAUCCCGCUGCGGUACGGAUGCAAGCAGUGCAUCAUGGUGGGAGAUCCGAACCAGCUGCCGCCGACGGUGAUCUCGCAGCAGGCGGAGAAGCUGGGCUACUCGCAGUCGCUGUUUGUGCGCAUGUUUGAAAAGGCGCCGCAGGCGGUGCAUCUGCUGAGCAUCCAGUAUCGAAUGCAUCCGGAGAUUUCGGUGUUCCCCUCCAAGGCGUUUUACGAUUCAAAGCUGUUGGAUGGACCCGAUAUGGCGGAGCUGACGCGGCAGCCGUGGCACAAGUACGAGCUGACGCGGCCGUUCAAGUUUCUGUCGACCAAGGCGCCCGAGUCGCCGGGACGCUUCCAUUCGAUCAUCAACCGCGAAGAGGCCAACGUGGCGCUGGCGCUGUACGAGCGGCUGCGCACCGACCAUCCGCGCGAGAACUUUGACUACCGCAUCGGCAUUGUCACCAUGUACAAGGCGCAGGUGUUUGAGCUGCGGCGCACCUUCCAGCAGCGCUAUGGCCAGGACAUUGUGGAGCGCAUCGACUUUAAUACCGUCGACGGCUUCCAGGGACAGGAGAAGGACAUUAUCAUCCUCAGCUGUGUGCGUUCGGCGUCGGAGCCGCGCAGCAUCGGGUUCCUGAGCGACCGGCGACGACUGAACGUGGCGGUGACGCGUGCCAAGAGCAACCUCUUUGUCAUUGGCAAUGCCGAGCAUUUGCGACGCGGCGAUGCGAUCUGGGAAAGCCUCGUGGCGACCGCCGAGCAGCGCGGUGCGGUGCAGCCCAUCACGGUGGCCAUGCUGCAGAAGGGCGACCGCACCUUGGCCAAGGACGCGGGCGGUGGCGCGGAGAAGCGUGCGCCGCCGAACGCCGCCGCCGCCGCAGCCUCGCCUGCCCGACCGCCUGCACCUCCAGCUGCGGUCGGCGUCAAGAAGGAGGCAGCGCGGCCACCGGGACCGCCACCGGCGCGGCCUUCAGCAAUGCAGCCAGCGCGGCCGCAGUCGGGCACGCAGUACGCGCCGCCAGCCGUGGCGCGGUGGGGCCAGGGCCCGAAUGGCACCACGCCCAGCCGGCCGGAGGAGAAGAAGCGCAAGACGAUCGUCACCGACGCGAGCGUAGCGCCCAAGAAACCGCGCGUCAACAAUGCCAAUGCCGGUGCGGCUUCGCGGCCACAACCAGCGCCGGCGCGACCACCACCGCGCACGGGUGCACCGGCGAACGACUUGCCCGCCGGCAAACCGCGUGUGCCCAGCGCUGCGCCCAGACCACCCGCUGGCAAUGCAAGCGCCAAUGCUCGCGGGCUCGCGGCGCUGCCCAAACGACCCGCGAGCCCGCCCAAGCCGUCGAGCGCGGCGCUCAACGCGCUGUUUGUCAAGAAGCGGCGUCCAGCGCUAGUGAUGCUUAGCAGCUGCCGCAGGAGAGGGAGAGAGGAUACAAGCUCUCUCGUCGACAAGUUUUUUAGAAGCGCUGUUGAGCCCCAUCUUGUGCAUGUCUCUCCAUCCGACGACGGCGGCCGCUGCCUCAUCGCCACCCCCAUGGUGCAUCGCAAUCCACCCAUCGAGAGGCGAACCGACUACCGUCUGCGUCGGGCUUAUGCCAGCAUCAGUACCGUACAGCACUGUCGAUUCCAGGCGCUUCGUCUGGUGCUUCCGAAGCCAACGCAAUCCCAAUGUGAGAGCGAUAGUUUGGAGGAGGAAUGGCAACUGGCGCGAGGAUUUGAAUAUAGAGCAAGCAAGGCCGCUCAAAAGUCGCGAUCUUCCGCCAUGAGCGACUCGGGAAAGGAGGCCGAGUCGGCACGCAGGCUGCAGGCGGCAGCGUAUCGGUACAACUGCCAGCCGUGCAAGCAGCGCAAGACAAAGUGCGACCGCGUGCGGCCGUGCGCCUCGUGCCAGCUGCGCGGCACCCAAUCCGCAUGCUACGCAGACGAUCUCCAUCCUGCCUCCAACACCUUUGCAGCCCCGGACGAGGCGGAAGAGCGGCCACACAAGCGCACGCGCAUCCACACACCACCAACGCACCACUCGGCAUCGGCGAUCCGGCAGCACAUUGCACUGCUCCGCAGCACCAUCGACAGCCUAGAGGCAGAGCUCGGUGGGACAUCGGAGCAAUCCUCGCCACAAGGCCCAAUCGAGCCGAGCGGUGGGCAAGAAUUGAUGCUGACGAGCAGCUUGCGGCUGGUGUGGGAGGAUGUCAAGCAUCUGUUCCCGCCGCAGCGAGAUGUGGAUCGCAUCCUCAACUACUUUUUGGCCGAGAUGACGUACAUCAUGAUCCCCGUGCAGGAGAAGCAGCUGUGGGCGGCGUGGCAGCAACUGCUUUCCUCCAAACGCGCCGGUUCGACCUCGGCGGGCGUGUCGCGGUGCAUGGUGGCGAGUCUGCUCGUGUGUCUGGCCUCGACGUCCUUCCUGAUUCCCAGCGAGAGGGAGACGCAGCUGGCGCUCUCCAUCCGCACGGCCGACCGACGCGAUGUGUGGAUCACCUCGGCGCUGGCCCUCGCGCGGUCGGGCAACGUCCUCCCCUCACAGCACGGAGCGGUUGCGCAGCCGCGGCUCAACUACGUCGACGCCAUCAUGGACACUUCGCUGGAUCGGUUUGGAUUCGAAACGCUGGCGCUGCGUAUCUUUAAUCUGCUCGGCAUGAGCGAGAUCGCAUACCACCUGACGGGCGAGUCGAUUCGUCGGGCGCUUCGGGUGAAUCUGUUUGACGAGUCGUCGCCCAAAGCUGCCGAGGCGAUCACGUACGACGACGCGCUGCUCACGCCCGAGGAGGCGCGGCAGAUGCGAAGGCGCAUCGGAUCGAGCCUCAUCGUCAUCGAGAGGUGGUCCUCGCUCUACACCGGCCGACCGCCGAUGAUCGACGAGGAGGCAGAGGCGCUGCCGCUACCGGACAAGGCGUAUCGUUUCGAGCUCGAGGAAAUCACGUACGCCAUGUCGCGCUACGUGAGCAAGCUGCGCCUGCUGCCCAACCAGCUCACGGAGCUGACCUCGCGCAAGGCGGGAGAUUGGAGGACGCAGAGACAACGGGAUCAGGAAGCCGUAGCGCGUGUGCUGGAACUCGACCGUGGUCUCUGCUCGCUCUACGACCCGGACGAACCGAUGGCCUACUUUGGCGGGCGAUCGUGUGCGCAGAUCCUGGCCCAACUGUCGCAGCUCGAGGCAGGACAUCGGAUGGACGAUGCCGAGCUCAUCUAUCGCCAUCGCCAGUUUGCCGAGGCGCUGGUGCUGACGAGCUCGUGGCUGUCGCUAAGGUGUCUGAUGACGAGCAACCUCAUGUUUCUCCCCUGGGUCGGCGAUCCGGCGCUGCGCUACUAUGCGCUCAACCUGGCGCGCAGGCUGAUUGAACUGCUGCCGAGCAUUUGGACCAUGGCGAGCAGUGCCCAUGUGCCCUUUAGCUCCUCCUGGAUCUCGAGGCAUGUUUUCCUCGCAUGCACCGUGCUCUCGGUGCCCAUUCUCGGGCAGGCCCACCCGGGUGGGGCGCUGCAAGAGACGAGGAGCGCAAUCGACCCAGAGGCGAGAAGCGGGGCCGAGAUGGGUGCGGACAAGUUGGACUUUGAGCCGUCGAGGCUGCAACGUGCACACGUCUUUUCCAAGCUCUCGGCGGAUGCAUCGCGGGUGCUCGACUCGCCGCGCAUCCCGGCUUCCAGCAGUGUCGACCUCGACUGGUUCAGCGGGAAACUGGUCGAGAUUGCACAGCUCUUUUCCAAGCUGGCCGAGAGGGGAGAUCAGACGGCGGCGAUCAACACCAAGCUCAUCACGGCGCUGUUGGGCUCGCGCACGGAACUGCGCGAUCGCGUGCUGCACAAGCUCGGCCAGCGUGUGCGCAGCGACCAAGCCAUGCGCCCCAUCGAAUCCCAGCGCGACCUCACCACGUUCGUCGCUGCCCACGACCAGAGCGUGGCCACUCCCACAACGCCGGUACAACAGCAGCGGGCGACCAACAGCGACGAGAGAAGCGCGCUGCACGACCUGGCCAGCGUCGUCGAGACGGUCCACGAGGGCAGCGGCUGGAACCUGUUGGAUGGAUUCGAACAGGCGACCACCAACAAGGAUCACCGACUCAACAACGAUGUACUCGCCACCGUGCCCUUGCUCGACACGGCCGAUUGGCUCGCCAUCCUCGACGGCGUCGACAUUCCCAUCUAG